AUGAGUCGCGGUCGUUUGAUACGCUCUCGUCGUCGAGAAAGUGGCGGAGAAGAACAUUCCAUCACCGAAAAUCCGCGGGUUCCCGAGUCAAGUUGUGCACCUUCAGUGGACUCUUUACCUGUCCCUACGAUGGUCUCAGUCUCACAAAUCAACCUACUAGGGAUUAUGAGCCAACAACAAGAAGCCGCCGAAAGAUAUCAACGGCAGCUUCUGGAUACGGCUACUCACCAACAACAACAACUUGUCCGGUUGCUUCAAGAGCAACGAGAAGCUCAAGAGCCUUCCGAGACUAGUCUUCACGAACUACUCCGGACAACUGUGGCGGCUCUUCAGUCCGUUCAUCAAAUGAGUGGCACUGGAGGACCAGCUGUUACACGGCAGGGUUCCAGAGUUGUUACUCCGCUUCCCUCUCCUGUUCCCUCUGCUGUUCCCGUUCCUACUGUUCAGGAGGUCCAACAUCCAGGACGAUCCCAGGAUGUUCCUGAAUCAAAUGACAGUGAUACGUUGAAAUCGAUGGAGAAGGAACUGUGUGUAUUCAGCCAAACAAUAGAAGAUAACAGAGACAGGUUGGAAUUAGGCAGAAACAGAGAACGAGUUGAAGCAAUGAACAGUGAAUCAAUCAUUGCUGAGCAUCGUUACAACGGGGAUAUUGAAAAAGGCACUUUUAAAACUGUAGAACAACUACACAUGGGUGAAAUGAACGUAACAUAUAUGGGGAAUUCAGGACCAUAUGUGAUGAAAAUAAUCGGGGAUGUGAGUUACAAAAUAUCUACAAGUUUAGAGACCGCAAACAAUAACCGACCGAGAUAUGGACAAAUUUACAUCUACGACGUACAAACUCAGCUAGCGCUGAGAGAAAAUGAUGCAAGAAGAGCAAGUCUGUUAGAAAUUAUUGGUAGACUGAUAAUAGAUAUCAAUCCUUAUGCAGCAAAUUUUAAAACAACGUACGAGCGAUUUGUUAAGGGAGAAAGCCUGGUGAGAUUAAACUUUAUAGCACUCAAGGAAGACGAUAGACGGCGGUACAAUGCGCCAACUUGUGGUGAGCUAGCAGCUCUGAUCGUUUCAGAUGACGGGGCAGUAUCUGAAAAUAUAGAAGUACAAGUAUUUCCAAAACAAGACCGUGCAGUUGGAUAUGUGCCGAGAUAUUCGCAUCACGUUGAUCCAAUGACUUUUCCAUUACUAUUUCCGAGCGGUGAUUUAGGAUGGAGCUAUAAUAUGAAACACGUAGGAACAAACAAGGAAAUCUCUCCUGUUCAAUAUUAUGGACAUCGAUUGGCCUUACGUCGAGGCGAAGCACAGAAUCAGUUGUUACGGAGCGGACGAUUGACACAACACUAUGUGAUUCACGCAUAUCUCACAAUUGAAUCGCAGCGUUUAUUGUUUUUAAGAAAUAAUCAGAAGCAAUUGCGUGUAGAAUGUUACAAAGGAAUGACUGAUCACAUAUCAAAUAGUGAAGCGAAUACGUCGGAUCGAACAAGACUUGGGAACCAAAUGAUUUUACCAUCAUCAUUUUCCGGCAGCAUGCGACAUAUGCAACAGCAGUACCAAGAUGCAAUGGCAAUAACAAGGAAAGUUGGACGACCGGAUUUAUUUAUUACAAUGACAUGUAAUCCUAAGUGGCCGGAAAUAUGUACGGUAUUGAAAGAUUUUCCUACAGGUACCACUGUAAAUGACAUUCCAACAAUAGCUUGUCGAAUAUUCAACAUGCGGCUACAACAGGCACUAAAGAAAAUCGAAAGCGGUUCAGUAUUUGGAAAGAUUGAAGGAUACGUAUACACAGUUGAAUUUCAGAAAAGAGGCUUACCGCAUGCUCACAUACUAUUUAUCUUAAAUAACAAUGACAAACUUUUGACUCCAGAAGCAAUUGACAGUUUUAUAUCUGCAGAAAUACCAGACAAACGAAUACAUCAACAACUAUAUCAAUCUGUCACAUCACACAUGCUACACGGCCCUCACACAUCCAAAAUACCAUGCUGGAAUUCGGUAACGAAGUCAUGCUCAAAGAAAUUUCCGAAAGACUUAGUGGAAAAUACUGAUAUAAGCGGUGGCGGUUUUCCAAAGUAUCGCAGACGAAAAAAUACAGACAUAAAUUAUUACCGCAACCGCGUGGAAGGAAGAAAUAUCCAAGUAGACAACAGCAUGGUUGUGCCUCAUAAUCCAUACCUACUUGCAAAGUACGACUGCCACAUGAACGUAGAAUAUUGUACGUCAAUAAUGGCUAUUAAAUAUGUCUUUAAGUACAUCCACAAGGGACAUGAUCGUGCAAGAGUACAGAUAACUGAUUCAAACAGCGAGAGUGAUGGUCAGCCAAUAAUCAACGAAAUACAGGAUUAUGUAGAUUCGCGUUACGUAGGACCGAUGGAAGCAGCUUGGCGUAUACUAGAACUGCCAAUGCAUGGACGAAGUCAUGCCGUCACACGCUUACCUGUACACCUACCGGGGCAGCAAUACGCAACGUUUGAGGGAGGUAGAGAAGUCGAAGCCGCUACAAAUGAAAAAAAGUGGAGAACCCAUCUUAUUACAUGGUUUGAAUUGAACAGCAUAGAUGAAAUGGCAAGAAAUACAACUUACGCGAACACGCCAGAUUACUAUUCGUUUCAAGAACCAACAAAAACGUGGAAAAAAAGAAAAUAUGCAUGUCAAGUAGUUAGUAGAAUGACAAAUGUUUCACCAAGGGAUUCCGAAAGAUUUCACCUCAAACUAAUCCUUGGACAUGCGACAAAUGCAAGGAGUUUUAUAGAUUUACGCACUGUAAACGGGAAGGAAUGGAAUACAUUUAGAGAGGCUGCAGUGGAUAUGGGUUUAACUGCGACAAAUGACGAAGCUUUCAAAAUAUUCGACGAAGCUGUUUCAUUACUUAUGCCGAAACGGUUACGUCAUUUUUUUGUGUGGUAUUUAAUCGGUGAAAUGCCAUCGAACGCGAUAGAUUUAUGGAAUACUUACAAGAAAGCACUAUCUGAAGACUUCGUGGAUCAGCAUGAAAAUAGAGCACUAUGUGCAAUUGAGCAUCUUUUUAGAGCUGAGGCAAGAUCAUGUGCAGAUUUUUACUUACCAAUACCGGAGAUAAUUUUCGAAAAUGAAGCGGAAGAAAUAAUAGUGGAAAAUAUAGAAACCUUUGCAAAGAAAGGCAAUGAACUGGUAAAGCAAUUAAACAACGAUCAGAAAAUAAUUUAUACACAAAUUUUUGAUAAUAUUAUGGAUAACGAAAGUAUAGCAGCCAUCUUACUACCAUAUGGCACAACCGCGCACAAAACAUUUGGAUUACCAUUGACACUGCAAAAGGAAGGAACAAUUUUCACAAAUGCAACGAUGAAGAAAAAAAUACAAAGUAUAGAUGUAUUUAUAUGGGAUGAAUGUUCGAUGAUACCGAAAAUUGCGAAGUCAACUUCGAACUAA